UGGUUGGUGACACUGGUCGAGUAGGAACUUUCGGUACUCGUGAACAAUUGUGGGAAGUGGCUUUCGCUGACAUCGUAACCUUACGAUUGACAAUUAGUGCGGUUUAUUGUAUAUUAUUAGUGCUUCACCGGGCAUUUUGAAAUAGUAUCGUGUUAUAUUACGUCACCGAGUGUACCGUGUUCGUGUACGCCUAGUGUUAUUAAUAUUCCUUUAUUCUUGUUGUCAUAGUUUGCAUCGUUGUAUCUUGGUUAGAAAAGGGUAGGAAGGUUAAUUCCGGCGAUGGGAAACGUUCACACCUGCGGCCCAAACGAAGCUCUCGUGGUAUCAGGAGGAUGCUGCGGUUCGAUGAGAAAGAGGACCAUCGUCGGUGGAUAUGCAUUUACCUGGUGGUUUGUCACCGAUGUACAGCGAUUAUCACUAGAGGUGAUGACCCUGAACCCGGUAUGCGAGAGUGUGGAAACGGCACAGGGUGUACCACUGACGGUCACCGGCGUAGCACAGUGCAAAAUCAUGAAGGCUGACGAAUUGUUGCACACUGCCAGUGAACAGUUUCUUGGGAAAAGUGUUCACGAAAUCAAAUCUACAAUUCUGUCCACUCUGGAGGGUCACCUCCGAGCUAUAUUGGGAACGCUUUCAGUGGAAGAAGUCUAUAAGGAUCGUGAUCAAUUCGCGGCUCUCGUGCGCGAAGUCGCCGCACCGGAUGUCGGUCGUAUGGGAAUCGAAAUUCUCUCGUUCACGAUAAAAGAUGUUUACGAUGACGUUCAAUAUUUGACAUCACUCGGCAAAGCUCAGACGGCUGCUGUUAAAAGAGAUGCCGACGUUGGUGUUGCCGAGGCGAAUCGAGAUGCCGGAAUUAGGGAAGCGGAAUGCGAGAAAUCAGCGAUGGAUAUUAAAUAUAACACCGAUACGAAGAUAGAAGAUAAUGCGAGACUCUAUCAGUUGCAGAAAGCUAACUUUGAUCAAGAAGCAAACACAGCGAAAGCCGAGGCGCAGUUAGCUUAUGAGCUUCAAGCAGCGAAGAUAAAACAGCGAAUACGAAAUGAAGAGAUACAAAUAGAAGUUGUGGAAAGACGCAAACAAAUCGAAGUUGAGGAACAGGAGGUACGCCGAAAGGAGCAUGAACUUCAGAGUACAGUGCGAUUACCAGCCGAAGCUGAAUUCUAUAAAAUGGGAAGAAUAGCUGAAGGAAAAAGAACUCAAACUGUGAGCGCGGCGAAAGCCGAAGCUGAGAAGAUCCGUUUGCUCGGAGAUGCUGAAGCUCAUGCUCUGGAAGCUGUCGGUAUAUCGGAAGCCGAACGUAUGCGAAUGAAAGCAGCAGUCUACAAGAAGUACGGUGAAGCGGCAAUACUCAACAUCACUUUGAACGCUUUGCCAAAGAUUGCAGCUGAAGUUGCGGCGCCAUUAGCAAGAACAGAAGAGAUCGUGCUUCUCGGUGGAAGCGACGCAACUAGCGGAGAACUUACACGUCUCGUAGGCCAAGUACCGCCAGCUGUACAAGCAUUAACUGGUGUAGAUCUUUCUAAAGUGCUAGGAAAAAUACCAGGCGCAAAGUAAUAAUGGACGGGCGUGAGUUCAGAGAUGGCGAUCGGGCGAAUAAAUUUGGAAUCAAUUUGUGAAAGGGGCAAAACCUUAUACUGCCAAAGGUUUCUCCGCUAUAUUAUCUCGCUCCAUUAUCUAGCGACGAUACACUCCGCUUUAUCCUUUUUCCCGAACUUCGCUCUACCUCAAGUCUAGCUAAAGCAGCGCUACACACGGACACGCUUUGUUAUCCCUUAUCAUGGAUAAGUCCGUUCAAGUUACUCGCGUUAUACUCGCACGUUCCUUAUUUUAACCACGAUGCGUACAAUGUGCGCGAUAAUAUUGCAUUUCGUUGGUUAAUUUGCAAGGUCACGUUGCAAUCGUGGCUUUUAGGGGACGGGCGAUUAGCGCGUGACCUUGAAUCACUAAUCGAUUAUCCGACAAAAAAUACGCAUUCGAAACACGACAAUCCUUUCAAAGGGUUUCGAUAUAUUUUAUUAUUCCAGUUAUAAAUAUCUAUCGUUUUCUAAAUUUAUGUAAAAACACUGCCCAUGGUCGUGCCUAAGGUAGGAACGAUUAUGAGUACGUCGUAAUGAUACGGCUGCUUGCUACUGAUGGAAUGCAUAAAGUGACGAUAUUUACGCGAUGUUAUUUCUAAUAACGGCAAAAGUUAUUCCUAAUAACGUUUGUUAUUUUUUUUAAUUAUUUAAAAGACGAUAAAAAAAUGAAAAUUGAAGAAAAAAAUCACAAACUUUAGGUAAAUCAGCGAGAAUUUUAAUGCACAAAUUUAACGAGAAAUACGUCAAAUGCGAAAUAAGCCUAUUAAAUCACUGCCAAAUUAAACAUCCUUUCUGCUUCUUCCAACUAAUGGUGGAUUUGCAUUGUCGAGGGCCUGAAGCUAAUAUUCCUGGCAAAGGGAAAGAUUAAAGAAAAAAGAGAUUAUUUUAUGUAUAUUUAAUGAGUUUAUAAACUUUAGGGCUUAAACGUCAUUAGCGUACUAAUACUGCCUCCAAAAUAUUCGCUAAAAUAGAGUCUGUGACAACUUGUGAUGACAAAUGCUCUGAAUUAAAUUUGUGUAAAAACAAGAGAUAUGCAGAGUGUAUCGUAAUUUAGAUACGUAGCAAUCGAGGAACAAAUGAUUUAAAGGUCAACAAGGAUUACCGAACUUUAUUCCAGCGUGGAAAAAGAAAAAGCAGAUGUGUUAUUGACUUUUUAAUCUUGACAGUUUUUCUCCAAUACGGAAUCUUUUAAAUAUAGGAACUUGGGCGUGAAGAACUGACCGCGGUGAUAUUAGCGUGAAAGAAAUAAAUUUUUUAAUUUAUUGAUUAUAUGAAUUAUUGUGUGACACACAUAAAAUAAUAUAAAACACACACAAUAAUCUUUCAAUGGAGAUUCUAUAUUAAUAAGGAUAACUUUAAAAAAGUUGUACUUGACUUACAAUUAUAGAAAAAAUAAUUGUUAAAUUACGAUACGCUCUGUUUCGCACUUGCGAUUAAAUUACAAAAUGAUUUCCUUUUAAAGCUUAUUAAAACAUUUCCGCUAUUCAUGCUGUCUCGGUCAGUUUAUGCAUUCCACUUAAUUCGUCAGAAUACAAUAAACAGCCACUAAUCAAUACCGAAAUUCGGAAUUUAAAUCCAACAAGCAACAUAAUUAAGAGUUUCGAUAUCAUUGUGUUCAACGUAAUUAAGUGAUUUAACAAAAGAGGAAAGAGUAGGUUCAACGCGAUUCAGAAUGUGCGUUAGCCGUCGUCUGUAGUCGCUGUACAUAUUUAGAGUUACGUAUGUAUAAUAGGCAAGAAGUUUCUAUCUUUAUGAAGCAGAAAGAAAAGUACGUCACGCUGACAUACUUGAAACAGUAAAGAGAGUACUCGACGCUCGAUAUAUGUUCUCGGUUGACCACGCAUCGGAAUUCACAGCAUUAAAGCAAAGAGAAACGAUAUAUUCAUAUGAAAAGUGCCAAUUUGUAUAUACGAUUCCGACUCACUGGUAGAAGUUGAUAAAGUGAGUAAAUCUGAAUAAAAGUUCGAUAUUAUUUGUA